CGUUACAGCGAAUGAAUGAUAAGCGGAUUGCACACGGUAUAUGAAUCAGGAAUUAAGUCCGGAUCAGGACCAGAGUGCUUCGGACCCACGACGAUCAUGAAGCUCAAUACUUUCCCUUUAUCCGCUAUUCUGACGUGUGCCCCGUUACUUCUUGUCCAUGGAAGCUCAUGGUCAACCUUGCUCGCAUCGCCGUAUAAUAACGGCGAUUCUGGCAAGCGCAUCAUAAACGGACAGCAAGCCAAUCCCGCAGAUUUUCCAUUUCUCGUGAGACUCUUGGCGAACGGAUCACGCUGCGGUGGCAACAUAAUAAGCAACCACUGGAUCCUCACUGCCUGUCACUGUGUAUACAGGCAUGAAUGUCAGGCGAUACGAAUAUACCCUUGGAAUUGGCAGCGUGGCCAGCCACCGCCGAUACACACUGCUCAGUGCGCGAUCCACCCCCGGUACGACCCGAAACGGUACGCCUUCGACGUCGCCCUCAUAAGAACUGUGGAAGACGUGGUCAGCGGUGGACUUGGAGCGAUCUCCCUUGCGCCACCAGGUACCCGUUACUCCCCUGGCACGUCGGCCACCAUCGUGGGCUGGGGAAGGAUGGGAUACAACGCAUAUCCCCAAACUCUUCAACGCGGACAGACGGUGCUUGUGCCCUGGGACGUGUGCAAUUCCGAGCACACGGGUGGGUCGAAUCGGUGCGGAGACAACCCGAACUGUAAGAUUGAAACUAUACCGAACAGAAUAUUGUGUGCCCGAGGCGCAGGGUCAGUUCCACAAAGUGUUUGUAGCGGUGAUUCUGGAGGACCUCUUAUUAUUAACGGGGAUCUAGCAGCGAUCAACACUGGUGCAAUAGUCGACAGUUACGACUCGUCGAGGGCAGGAUGUGUACCUGGGAGUUCGACGAUGCACACCAGUAUCGUCGACUAUCUGCCAUGGCUAUUUUCACUUGUUGAGCCUAGCGCGAAUACAGCCGGGUUUCCGGUAGAUCCGGAGUCCAGCGACUCUUUCGUCUGGGACGCUUGA